CCCCGGCGGCGGUGCGAGCACACCCCGGGCUGGGCGGGAGGGACGCGCCGGCACCGCCUCCGCCCCGCCCCGGAGCUCCCGCCCCACAGCCCGGAGCCGGGGUCUCCUUCCGUCUCCCAUCGGGGCCGACAGCCGCGGCUCUGGACCAUCGCCCGCCGGGUUCGACCCAAUUAACAGCAAUUAGUGAGCGUCCUGCGAGCGCCUGAACGAGGACAAUGCGAUGCGCAGGCUCCGGAAACAUCGCCCGCCCUUAUCACAUUAAGGACGCAGAGGAGCCAAGACCAGUGAGGAGCUCCUCCAGUGGGCGCUCCACAUUUGUCUGAAGAGACACAUUAACAAGAUUGCUGAAGAAAUGCCCAGUGUAACGUUAGCAGCCUGAAAUCUUUACCUUGGAUGCAAAAGCCUGUUUUCUCAUCUAAGAUUCCUGCAUCGCUCAUUUUGGUUUUGCCUGAAGAAAAAGAAAACAAGAAAAGAUGGACUGGAAUGUAAGGCCAGUCCAGAAUGCUGAUGCAAAUACAAACCUGCAAAAUGAAGGAGCAUGUUUCACUCAGUUACUUCCCAAUGGCCAUGCCUUUCCUCAGACAAAUGCCAACACCUCUAAAAAUGCAUGCACUUAUGCUGAAAACAACCAGAUCAUGUUUGUGCAAACUAUCAAUGCCUUCCCUUCUGUAAAUGCUGAAGGAUUCAGAACUUCAGAUCAAACCUCACCUGGAGCAUCUGUAACUGGCAAUAAUUUUUUUAUGUCAAAAUACUCAGUUAAACGACAUCAGAUGUGUUCAAUAGCUCCAAAACCUCCCAUUCAGAAUUCACUCUUGCGGGCAGAGUUGACUCCGACUCCUUGGCAGGUCUCUAACCCCUACAGUUAUCCCUGCAGGAAUCUACCUCCCCUGUCCUCCCAAAUGAACACAGGGAAUAAUGUAAGGAGUGUCAUAGGGGAGCCUCAGUAUGCCACCAACAAUGCUUACACAGUGCAGCCAGAAAUGCUGCAGCAAAAUUCUAUGAGACUUGCAACACUACAUCAAAGUGGCAUUCAUCCCCAGAAUAAUUCUUUUCCACUUGGUACCUCCGGGCAACGUGUCCAACCCCAAAUAUUUAAUUCCAAUGCUCAGUGUAAAGUUUCAUACCCAAUGAAUCAAAAUCCUGGRACAAAUGUACAGCUGCCACAAUUUCAGCCAAGUCAGAUGGGAUCAGAAGCUCCUAGAGGAUGUUCUGCACCAUCCUUGUUGCCUGCCAACUCUGUUCCAAGAGCUGCAGCACAAUCUUCAAUAGGUGUACCACAGGAAGUGCAAAAUGUACCUAAUGGAUACAACAUGAGCCAGCAGAGGUACCCGCUGGAUCCAAAACAUSCUCAGCAGUUUAACAGCAUUCAGCAACACUGUCAGAAGCAGCCAUCUGGAGAAGUCAGUCAAUCAGUCAAAAAUGUCUGUAAUCCAAGUGGAAACAUGACGGCAAAUCGGUCUUUUAGUGAAGGGUCUGUGUCAUCCCCUGGCAUUCCCAAAGAGCUGUUGGAUGUUGUGAAAGAAAUAGAAGCUCUUUCUUCAAAGCCCCUGAGUGAUCCUGCUUCAGUUCCAGAGACCCAGACUAGUAAUUUGAUGAAUGGGCCUGUUAAUGCUCAGAUUUCUUCAGUAGCAGCAUCACAAGGAAUGGAAAUUACAAAGGAGAGACUAGCUUGGGAAGCUGAAAAGCUGAAGUUUCUUAAAAAAAGGGUUGUCCUGCUUGAAACGGUUCAUAAUUACAAAAAAAAAAUCUAUAAUGACAAAAGUAUUCGCCCUCCUCCUCCUAGUUAUCCRUGUUCUCCUCCUAAUUGUCUUCCAUGUGUGCCCAAACAAAAUGUACCACUUUCACCCUCUGAAGCAGUGAGGACAGAGGUGCCCACUCUUAAGGUUUCCCAUGAAGAAAGAAGGGACAGAAAUCCAUCCAGUGCUGAUAAUAGAAGAUUAGAGAUGCCUCAAAGUAACCCUCAGGUGGAGCAGGGAAGCCUUUCAUCAAGCUUCACUUCCGUUUCCUCUCAGAGCAAAGUCCCAGCUCAGUUUAAAAAUCCUGAGAGCAGCUUGGAACAAAGGGAUGUGUAUGCCUUGGCUUCUUCUCAAGGAGCUGUGACUUCCUCGAGUAAUACUUCGGGUUUUACUCAAGCAGGGAGCUCUGUCAAGACCUCAUCCAAGAGUGUGCAGAUCGGCCCCGGGAACUCAUCAUUUCUUCAGUUUGUUUUGAGCAGCACAAAUGCACUGAAAGAGAAGACAGCUGGUGCUACUGCUGAUAAAAUACUGACGAGUCUCCUGUGCAGUGAAAAACCACUGCUAGAUAUGUCUGCAUCGGGUGGAAGCCUGGUAAAAGACACUCACGAGAAGAACGUAGAAAGUUUGAAAGGUGAGCAGGCACCUGUGGCUCACACAACCUCUGCUGCAUCRGAAACAGCUGCGUCUGGUGAUGCUAAAUUCCAGAGCAAGGACAGUCAGAAAAAAACGCCAUUUACUGAGAAUGCAUCCUGUAAGCAGGGCAAUUGUAGUUAUUCUUUGGAAGAGUUGGCUGCAUGCCUGCGCUUGUGGGGGAAGUAUCCAUCAGAACCCGUAAGUAUGCAAAAUAAGCAGUCAAAUGAAAGUCCCCCAGCAAAUCAAAUUUCACCCUCCAGCCAAAACACAAAGAAGAGAGAAAACCAAAAUGUUCUGGCUAGCAUGGAAGAGCCAGUUCUGCCUGUACCGACUACCUCUGUGGGACAAAAACUUGAUACACUGACUUCCAAUUCGAUAAAAAGUUUUGAACCUCAAGUUGCAGUUGUCUCUCCUUUAGUACUUUGUGAGCAGAGAACACUAAGUGAGCAGGAUGGCAAAAUUCCAACACCUGAAGGUAAAACCGAUCCGGUGAUCGACUCUGGGAGCACCUGUAGCUUGCAAGAAGAGGGGGAAAACGAUGUAAGUGUGGUAGAUACUGCCACGGGAACAAUGGAAAAUGCUUGGUUAUCACCUAGUAAUAGUGUUUUGGAACAAAAAGAGGACUCAGAUUUGCAACAGAUCAAAUUAGGUGAUGAAAACAGAACAGUAAAAAUCCAAGUUUCUCAAGAAGGUAUGGGAGGUGAUGAAGACAAGCAAGCUGUGUUGGAAAAUGAGAUGUUUUGUAUUUCUAGUGUAUGCUCUCUUGUUGAAGGUGAUAAAUUUUAUAAUCCACAGAUAGCAGGCAUUUUCAGGUCUGAGUAUGAGACAGAGAAACAUGCAUCAGAAGGAAAUGMAUCAGAUGCAAAGCAAAAGGAACAACAUUUGGACUUGCAUAAAACUGCAGUGAGCAAUAACACUUCCCAAAAAGAGAGCUUGCUGCUGAAGAUGUUGGGAGAAUCAUCAAGUCCUCUAGAGAAAGAAAGCAGUGGCAAUCCUCUUAAAGCAGUUUCUACCUCUGAACAAAACRUGUCAUUSAAGGCAUCUUUCAAGCACCCUGAARAUUCCUUACAAAGUCUUGCUAAUAUCAACCAGAAGUUAGSUCAAAAUUCACCAGAUUCCUCUAUCAGCAUAACUGCUGAAACAGAUGUACCUGCUGUUCCAGGRGACCACAGUAAUCAAAAUUCCUUGCCUGGUAAAAAUAGCACAGAAAACGAGGUGGACUUUUUUGGAACAGAACCCAGUAGAUAUCUAGAAAAUCAGCUGUCUGAUCUAGUGAGAGAGUUUCCAUAUGGCAUUGAAGGUACUGAUAUACUAAUAAAAGAAGCAGCACAAAAGGCUGAAGRGAAUCAAACUCAAAAAGAGGUUAAMAUUUGUGACAAGAAUCCUCAUUUGAAGGACUCAAUAAAUCAGRGAAAAGUUGCAGUGUUAAGCUCUGAUCAGGUUCAAGAAGUGUUUCCUGGACAGAGCCAAUGUCCCUCUAGCGACAGCAAGGGAACAGUGAAUCAACAAUCAGAAAAGGCUUCAGCUGACAAGGACAACCUUGAAGGCAGUGUCCAACCUAGUCAGAAUCCAUGUGAGAAGGAAAAAAAACCACAAGAAACUUCUAACCCCAGUGAAAAAAGUGACGAUUGCUCUUUGACGGGUUGCMUAUCUGUAGCGUGUAAAACACAGCACUGUCCCUCUCAAUUAGAAAUAUCUGGUUCUGAGAACAAUGACUGUCAACUUUCAAAAGCUGAAAACACUAGCUCUGCAGAGAUUAAAAAAAACAACAAUCAAUCUGAUGCCUCGACAAAAAAAAACUGUGCAGAAAACUUGACAAUUUCUGAAAAAAUCCCCGACAGUAUUAGCAAAAAUAAAGAUAUUUGCAAAUACACUUCUGCAGUGAACAAAAAAGCUAAGGUGAAGGUGGAUAAUGAAUACAAACUACCUACAACACAGCAGGAAAAAAAGGGACCACCUAAUUCCUUUGAAAACCAGGAUGCUGACAAAUGCAAAARCAGCAGUUGGAAGGAACGUCUGCAAAUUGAUAAAGCAACGCAAAUGUCAAGUAAAGAAUUUCAUGCAGACACAAAAGAGCACCCGACAGUGUCCCAAGAGUUAUCAGAGAAACCUGAUCAUACAUAUGCAGACAACAUGGCAAAGCUGUCUGGAAAGAAGGAGAGAAUUUUCAAAACUGARUCCCUUUCGGAAGAUAUAACCAAACCAGGCUUGGCCAUGGCAUCCAAGACAGACACCCAGCAAUUUGUGAAGUCAGAAACUAUUGAAGUUGARCACUCUGAAGUCAAUCAAGGACAAAAAAUUAAAACCUGUGAAGAGAGCUCAGCUGAAGAACAGGACAGUAGGAAACAAAAGGAGRUGCUUAGGCAAGACGUCGGAAUUAGUGUCAAAAAGAAAGUGAAAUUACCAGCAGAAAUGAAACAUAAAAAAAUGAGUAGUUAUCAAGCUGAUGCUGUAACGGGUACGGCAGAUACGGGUACUGUAGACUUCAAGUCAAGAAACACAAAAUUUUCUCCRCAUAAAUCUGUGAAAGUUCAUCCUUUGCAGGAGCAGACGUACAAACGGAAGAUGAAGGAAAAUAUGGUUGGGAAGAGAGAGCUUAAGAAAGCAAAGCUAGAAGAGGAAAGACUGAAACAAUCUGAAGCAAAGACCUCUAAGCAGCUUGCACAUAAUUGCAUGCUAAAUGCUGACAAAGCUAAAAAACUGAAUGGAGAAAAAGGCUGGAAACCAAGGAGCUCCUUAGCAGAUUGUUCUAUGCUUAAACUGCAGAGAAAAAGGGCUCGAUCUUCCAGCAUAUCCAAAACCUACUUUUCUAACAAAGAAAGACGUCUCGAUGGUCAGAACAAAGACAAGUGCUCUGAGAAAAUGUUUCCUGAUAAAAAUCUUCUGUACCUAAACAGAAGAAACAACAGACUAAAGCUGCAUCUUCAAAAAGAACCCAAAAAGCACUACCUGAACAGAGUGGCGUUCAAACGUACAGCACAGGAGCGCAUCUAUCUGACAAAAUUGGAGACAUCACCUGUCAGACCCGUCUGGCACAGGACCACCAAGGUGGCACAAAGCAGCGACUCAAAAAGAGAUGUGUCUGUCUCGACAGCUGAGAAAUCAUGCAAACGGGAUGUGCUGGAGUUCAAGCUGUGUCCAGAGAUCCUGUUCAGAAAUCCAGCCCCUGGCGAAGAAAGCUUAGCUACAAAGAAUUCUCCAGAAAGAGAUAAAAUGGUUGUAGCAGGUGUCAAGAGUAAAAAAGAAGAUUGGUUAAAAUGUGAACCAGUGAAGCAAAAGAAAGUGGAAGAGAUCUCGGCAGCUGAGGACAGUGUUCCCCUUGAUACAGCUAUACAGAUCCUGGAUGGAGAUGGAGAGACUCUUCACAUUCCAGUCAAAGACUCUAAAGAGAUGUUUCAGACCUACAGGAAAAUGUAUCUGGAAAAAAAGAUGCAAAAGUCUUGAUAGCACUCCUGUAUCAAAGGUCUUACUGAGAAAAGAACGCCAACACUAUUGUUCCUUUUAUCAGUUUACUUCGUAUUUCUGAAUAAUUGUCAAAACCCACAGUUUUCUGGUGGGUGUUAAAAAUUUYCCUCCCUCUUUUCCUCAUAUUUGUGAAUAAUUAACAUCUUAUUUCRUAUUUAUUGUGAAAAUAUACUUUGGUGCUGUAAGUGCUGUUUUAAAUGUUYUGUUUCUUUUGGCAUAUUUGUUAUUUUUCCUUUUUUAAGAUAGAGUAGCUCACUGAAUCUUGACCAGAAAAUAACAAACUCAUGUAAAGUGUCAUAGCCUGUUUUCUUUCCUGAUUCUCAAAAACUUCUUGUUUCAUUACUUGUGAUACUUUCCAUUGCUGGCAGUGGAAGAAUAUUUCUGCUGCAAAGGGAUUGCAUUUGAUUCCUAAGCAUCACACUUUCUGUUUCCCACUUGUGCUAGUCUGAUUGUUUUGCUCCUAAAAAUGCUUUCUGUUUUUGUAGAAACUUUUUUUGGGAGUAGAAACAUAAACCCCUUGAUUCAAGCAUACAGAUCAGGGGCAUUUAUGCCCCAAAUAUUUAUGCUGCUACCCAGUUUUGUUAUAUUUCUUUUUGUGGAGCUUGUACCARUUGAACUCUGAGUUCUAAGUUCGAACACAGUGCUGCAAACUGUUAUUUUACUGAAGACUUCUCUUGUUUUUCUUCCUCUCUGCUUUCUUUGCACUUGAAAGAAAAGUGCURUUGUUGAAAUGCAGGGAGUUCGAAUUCACUCUUGUCAGGACCGUGCUGCUCAGUUUAACCAGACUGUAAUUAAUUUCUUUGUUUAUAAAGUGUUAGAUUAUGUUUCAUUACACGUUCACUGUGACGUAACAGUUGUAUUUGUCAUUAGGUAUCUUUUGUUUAAGUGCCUUUUCACUGUUACUCAAAAUUUUAAAUCAAAUCAUAUUUUUUACUGAAAUUUGGUACUUGAUUCUUUCUAUCUUGUAAAACCUUAAUGCUGAAAGAAAAACCUGUAGAUAUUUCACGGAACGAUUUUUAUACUUGAAAUAAACUUUU